GCGGCGCGGCCGGGACUUUGGCUUUGACACCGACUGCGAGCUGGGGCCGUGGCGCUAGAGCUGAAUGUGGACGCGCUCUGGCUGACCUCGCUGCCGAGUUGGGCGCAGGACUUUUUGCCUGGAUAAACGCAGCUUCGGCGACGCUGCAAGUCCUGGUGCAGCCUCAAGUCUUGGUGCAGCCUGGGCGGUCGGAUUUCGCCGCCGCUGCCGCCGCCUGGAGCAGUGCUGAAGCUUCUGCCCGCUCUGGGAGAGCGACACUGAGUUUCUCCGCAGAAAGAGCCAGGACACGCGGACCCAGGCGGCGCGGGAGGCUUCUGGCCGCCUGACUGCUGACCCGCACCCGCGGGCGCUGCGGGGCCGGAGGCAGAGGGCCCGCGCGGCUCAGGCUUCUGAACCGUAGCCAAGUGAAAGGUGAUUUUGGACACUCUGAGCAUGGAUUUGCUGGGUAUUUGUGGUGACUUCAGCCCCUAAAUCCUGCACCUUCCAUUCUUCUGUGCUUCUCCCUAGCCACAGAGUUCCUCGGGGUGAGGCCUUCCUGGACCUCUGAUCCUGGCCAACCAUGGGGAGCACCCUGGGCUGCCACCGCUCCAUCCCCAGGGACCCCUCAGACCUGUCCCAUAGUCGCAAGUUCAGCGCAGCUUGUAACUUCAGCAAUAUCCUGGUGAAUCAGGAGCGGCUCAACAUCAACACUGCCACGGAGGAGGAGCUGAUGACCCUGCCGGGAGUGACCCGUGCUGUGGCCCGCAGCAUUGUGGAGUACCGAGAGUACAUCGGUGGCUUCAAAAAGGUGGAAGACCUGGCACUGGUAAGCGGAGUGGGCGCCACAAAGCUAGAGCAAGUCAAGUUUGAGAUCUGCGUGAGCAGCAAAGGCAGCUCUGCACAGCAUUCCCCCAGCUCCCUGCGGAGAGACCUGCUGGCAGAGCAGCAGCCUCACCACCUGGCCUCCGCUGUACCCCUCACCCCACGCGUCAACAUCAACACGGCCACUCCGGCUCAGCUCAUGAGUGUACGAGGCCUCUCGGAGAAGAUGGCCCUCAGCAUCGUGGACUUCCGCCGCGAGCACGGGCCCUUCCGCAGCGUGGAGGACCUGGUGAGGAUGGAUGGGGUCAGUGCCGCCUUUGUGGACAGAAUACGGCAGCAGGUGUUUGCGGAGAGGUCUAGGCCCCCAUCGACCCACACUAACGGGGGCCUAACCUUCACUGCCAAGCCUCAUCCCAGCCCCACCUCCCUGAGCCUCCAGAGUGAGGACCUGGAUCUGCCCCCGGGGGGACCUACGCAGAUUAUCUCCACUCGGCCUUCAGUGGAGGCCUUUGGAGGUAUGCGGGAUGGGCGGCCUGUGCUGAGGCUGGCCACCUGGAACUUGCAGGGAUGCUCGAUGGAGAAGGCCAAUAACCCUGGGGUGCGAGAGGUGGUGUGCAUGACACUCCUGGAAAACAGCAUCAAGCUUCUAGCUGUGCAAGAACUACUUGACAGAGAGGCCUUGGAAAAGUUCUGUAUGGAGCUCAACCAACCCAUCCUGCCCAACAUCCGCAAGUGGAAGGGGCCCCGGGGAUGCUGGAAAGCCGUUGUUGCUGAGAAGCCCUCAAGUCAGCUCCAGAAGAGGGCUGGGUACUCAGGAUUCCUGUGGGACACAGCUGCAGGUGUGGAACUGAGAGAUGCUACCUCGCAGGAGAGCUCACCCAGCAAUGGGCACGGGAGACCUGUGGGCCCCAGCCCGUACCUCGCAAGGUUCAAGGUGGGAAGCAAUGACUUGACCCUUGUUAAUCUUCACCUGGCAGCCCUGACCCUGCCAGGGGCUGAGAAUCCAUGCAGGAACCACAGUGACAGCCACCGGGUGGCGAGCUUCGUGCAGACCCUACAGGAAACCCUGAAAGGAGAAAAAGAUGUGAUUAUAUUAGGGGAUUUUGGCCAAGGCCCAGAUAGCAGCGACUGUGAUGUGCUGAGGAAAGAAAAAUUCCAUCACCUGAUCCCUCCGCACACCUUCACCAACAUCAGCACCAAGAAUCCUCAAGGCUCGAAGUCUCUGGACAACAUCUGGAUCAGUAAAAGCUUAAAGGUUUUCACUGGUCAUUGGGCUGUCGUGAGAGAAGGUCUCACGAACCCUUGGAUUCCAGAUAACUGGUCUUGGGGUGGAGUGGCUUCUGAACAUUGUCCUGUGCUGGCUGAGUUUUACAUGGAGAAGGACUGGAGCAAGAAGGAAGCCCCCCGAAAUGGCAAUGGGGUCGCCUUGGAGCGGAGUGAAGCCAACAUCAAGCAUGAACGAUGAUGACACCAAAUCAGUUUUUCUACCCCUUGACCCAGGAGGGCACAGACACGAGCUAACCCUUUGGGGGAAGUUCGGGGCCAGACUGCCUUUUAAUCUUCAUUCUGAAAACAUCAGCACACAGGCCUUGGCCCAUGGCCUUCUCUGUGGAUGGUUCAGGGCCUAUGAUGGGGACAGGGGUAUGCUGGGCCUCACCACACCACGCAGUGAAAUCAGAAGUCCAGCAAAGAACAGAAAUGCCUUUUACUCUGUGGAUGCUGCUGGCCUUAGCAGGAUGGGGCCAGCUGUGUGCUGCUGACUGGACGGCAGCACCAGGAGAACAGUAACCGAGGUGAGAAGAAAGGAGAGAGGUGGCUCAGGCUGCCCGCCCUGGCUGAGCAAAGCCAGAGUACUCGUUUCUGACCACCAGGAUGUGACGUUCUGGCUGCCCAUUUCAGAAAGCUUUUAACUGUGAUUGAGCACUCUUCUCAAAUAUUUUGGUGAUUUUUAGUUUUGUUUUGAAAAAAUAAAGAGAGAUUA